AUGUCAGGCAUCAAAGUUAUCGUUGUUGGUGCAGGCUUCGCUGGCCUAACCGCUGCUAUCGAAUGUGUCCGACACGGCCAUGUCGUCACAGUACUCGAGUCGUUCAAAGAGCUCAAGCCCCUUGGGGACCUAAUCAGCUUCGGCCACAACGCUGGUCGCAUCUUUCGCCGCUGGCCAGGUGUGGAAGGCCAGCUUGCCCCCAUAUGCCUGGACACCCGCAGUCUGACCUUCAAGACGUACGCCGGAGAAGACAUCAUGACGCAGGUUUGGGACGAGGAAGAGCUGGAAAGGCAGGGCGGUAAGAAGUUCAACGGCCAUAGAGGCGAGAUCCACGAGAUUAUCUGGAAUCAUGCCCUGAGCUUGGGCGUGGAGAUUCGGCUCGGGCAGCGGGUUACAGAAUAUUUCGAGACGGACAGCGAAGCCGGUGUGAUCUCAAACGGGGAAAGAGUGGUGGCUGAUGUGGUCCUUGCCGCUGACGGCGUCCGAUCAACCGCCAGGACCAUCGUGCUUGGGUUUGAAGACAAGCCGAAAAGCUCCGGCUACGCCAUAUACAGGGCAUGGUUUUCGUCGGCAGAGUUGGCAAAGAAUCCUUUGACAGCACAUCUGGUCAAUCAAGGAGACACACAUACCGGCUGGCUAGGUCCCGACGUACACUUCCUCGCGGCCUCUAUCAAGAACGGUAAAGACUUUAGCUGGGUCUGUACACACAAGGAUGAGGCUGACGUGGAAGAGAGUUGGUCUGCUCCAGGCAGCACUGAAGAUGCUCUCAAAGUCCUUGAAGGGUGGGAUCCAGCUGUUCACGCAAUCGUAAGCGCAACUCCAGCGGACAGGCUCGUUGACUGGAAACUCGUCUAUCGAGACCCGUUUCCCACAUGGCUCUCGCCUUUGCACCGGAUUGCUUUGAUAGGAGAUGCCGCGCAUCCGUUUCUCCCUACCUCGAUACAAGGUGCAAGCCAGGCCAUGGAGGAUGGCUCUACCCUUGCCGUUUGUCUCGAACUCAGCGGUAAGGCUAAUGCGCAAGAGGCGCUGCGGGCGUACGAAAAGAUCAGGUACGAGAGGGUUCGAGCGGCUCAGAAGACUGGAGAGUCUACGCGGGACAAGUGGCACAAGGCCGACUUUGACCAGCUGAAGAACAACCCCAAAGCGAUCAAACUACCCAGGGAGGACUGGCUCUUGAAUCAUGAUGCUGAGUCUCAUGCAUACAAUGUUUAUGCUGAGACGGUAGCAGCCUUGAAGCAAGAAACUCCAGAAGUAAGGUCUCAACCUUGA